AUGGGUUCUCUUGAUGCAUACAAUUUGAUUCACUGUGGGAAAAUGAUGAUGGCACUUAACGAACAGAGAGAAAGUAAAGAGCGUAGUGACUUCGCAAUUAUGGUCGGCGAUGAGAAAAUACAAGCACACAGGAAUGUUCUGUCAGCAGGAUCAGAUUUUUUUCGUGCAAUGUUGUCUCAUGACAAUGUUGAGAGUAGCACUGGCAUUGUGGCAAUAAAACAAGUUCAAUACUCAAGUGUGAAAGCUUGCAUCAAUUACAUUUACACUGGUAAUUUUUCCAAUCCUGAUCGUGAGGAGCGUGAACAACUAAUGUUUACCACUCAUAUUCUCCAGUUACAAGGUAUGUGUGAUAAAAUUGCCAUAUCUCUCAAGGAAGAACUGAGUCCAGAAUCGUUCUAUUCAACAAAGAUGAUCGCAAACACUUUUAACUGCACUGGUUUAGUUGAAAAUUGCAACAAAUAUGCUCUGGAGAAUUUUCAAUCAAUUGUUGCUGAAGAUUAUUUCAAACAUUUGGAUAAAGAUUAUGUUUCUUUCCUGGUGGGAUCAAAAGAAGUCAAUGCCUCUGAAGCUGUCAAGUGCAAAACUUUGAUUAUCUGGACCAACUUUGAUUUAGAGACCCGGGCAUCGAAAUUCGCAGAAUUAUAUGAUCAAGUUCAGUCGAUUAACGGUUUCAUCUACUGUAUUGGAGGGUCUAAUGGUGGACAUAUGUCAAAUGCUAUGAAAUUCAAUCCAUCAGAUUCAACAUGGACGAAACUUCCUUCAAUGCCGACUGAUGAAAUGGUGCAGCAGCAGUUGGGAAGACUUAAUGGGAAGAUUUAUGUCAUGGGCGGACACGGCGGCAUUCAUUACUCGAACAUUGUGGAAUGCUUCGAUACAGUUGCUGAAACAUGGACCACUGUUGCCAGAUUAAUCAUCCAAGAGGAUUUUUCAAAGCCUGUGUUGUUGAAGGAAAGAUAUUUGACGUUGGAGGGCUUUAUUUACUCUAUUGGAGGCUUCAAUGGUGAGCGGACAUCGAAAGCUGUGAAAUUUAAUCCAUCCGAUUCAACAUGGACGACACUUUCUUUAAUGCCGACUGCAAGAUGUGCUGCAGCUGCAGUUGAACUUGAUGGAAAGAUUUGCGUCAUGAUUGCUAAAACAUGGACCACUGUUGCCAGAUUAACAAUUCAAGAUCAGCAUUCAAAGCCUGCGUUGUUGAAGAAAAGAUAUUUGCUGUUGGAGGCAACCAUUCGAGAGUACAAAUCUGCUAUGGUUGAAAGAUUCGACUCCCACAUUCCAACAUGA